GCCGAGCGAGGCAACACGUCGAAGACAGAAGCCGCAGCGGACGCCCGGCCUGUUGCCCCGGAGGUUUACCGUGGUAAUCAACACGAUGCUGUCUCACGUGAUCAUAUACACACUGGCCCUGGAGCUGACAUGUGCACAAAAAUUUGUUAAAAUACUGCUGCUGACGGAGGAGAACCAGGCGCACGUGGUGGACAUGGUGGCGGCGGGCCUGCAGGCGGCCGAGCAGGGGCACGAGGGCUCGCGCUUCGACCAGGUGCCCGUCGCCGUCGACCGCGAGAACGAGGACGAGUCCUUCCAGCAAGUGUGCCGGGAGCUGGCCGGAGGCGUGAGCGCCGUGCUGGACCUCACGUGGACGGGCUGGGGCAAGGUGCGCACGGCGGCCGCCAGCGCGGCGCUGCCCUACUUCCGCGCCGACGUCACUCCGGGCGUCUUCGUCGACGCCGUGGACGCCUACCUGGGCGGCCGCCAGGCCACCGACGCGGCGCUCAUCUUCCAGAACGAGGAAGAGCUGGACCAGACGCUGUACUACAUGAUCGGGCGGUCCAUCAUCAGGGUGAUCGUGCUGGACGGGCUGGAGGGCAACAACACGGACCGGCUGCUCGCGAUGAGACCCUCCCCGAGCUACUUCGUCGUCUACGCCACCUCGGCCAACCUCACCAAGCUCUACAGCAAGGCCGUGGCGGGGAACCUGGUGACGCGCGAGGAGCGCUGGCUGCUCGUGUUCACCGACUUCCGCCACCAGGAGUUCGACCGCGCGUCGCUGCAGCUCAGCGCCGUGCUGUUCACGCUGAAGACGGACGUGUGCUGCCGCCUGGCGGGCGAGCCGGCGGGCUGCCGGUGCGACGGCAACACCCGGGUGCUGCCGUCGUACCUGCGCCACGUGGUGCAGUUCCUGGGCGCCCUGGCCUCGCACUUGGAGCAGCGCGGCCUAGACCUGGCGCCGCGGCCCGUCGCUGACUGCGCGGAGCACGCCGCCAGCAAGGCGGAGCCCGACCUCAGCUUCUACUCCAACGUCACCCAGGUGAUGGCGGCGCUGGGCGACGACCGCGCCGUGGGCUACGACCCCGCCGACGCGCUGCUGUACCUGCGCGCCGGCCUCGACGUGUCGCUGGAGAGCUCGACUAGCCGCCAGCCGCAGGCGGAGUUCCUGGGCCGGGAGCGCGGUCUGGUGCUGGCGCCCAACGUCACUCUGCGGCCCGGCCGCCGCUUCUUCCGCGUCGGCACCGCCGAGAGCAUCCCGUGGUCGUACGUGCUGCGCGACGAGGCGACGGGCGAGCCGCUGCUGGACGAGAAGGGACACCCGCUGUGGGACGGCUACUGCGUGGAGCUGCUGCGCGACCUGGCCGACAACCUGCAGUUCGACUACGAGAUCGUGCCGCCCAAGGACGGCAGCUUCGGCAACCGCCGCGCCGACGGCUCCUGGACGGGCAUGGUCGGCGACCUGGCCACCGGGGAGACGGACAUAAUAAUUGCACCGUUGACCAUGACGUCGGAAAGAGAGGAAGUCAUCGACUUCGUGGCGCCGUACUUCGACCAAUCCGGCAUCUCCAUAGUGAUAAGGAAGCCGGUCCGGAAGACGUCCUUGUUCAAGUUCAUGACGGUGCUGAGGCUGGAGGUGUGGCUGAGCAUCGUGGGCGCUCUGACAGUCACCGGGGUCAUGAUCUGGUUCCUGGACAAGUACUCGCCCUACAGCGCGCAGAACAACAAGGCCAUGUACCCCUACCCAUGCAGGGAGUUCACUCUGAAGGAGAGCUUCUGGUUCGCGCUGACGUCGUUCACGCCGCAGGGCGGGGGAGAGGCGCCCAAGGCCUUGUCCGCCAGGACGCUGGUCGCCGCCUACUGGCUGUUCGUGGUGCUCAUGCUGGCCACCUUCACCGCCAACCUCGCCGCCUUCCUCACCGUCGAGCGCAUGAAGUCUCCCGUGGCCUCCUUGGAACAGCUCGCCAAGCAGUCGAGGAUCAACUACACCGUGGUCAAGGACUCCGACACGCACGAGUACUUCAAGAACAUGAAGAACGCCGAGGACGUCCUUUACAACGUGUGGAAGGACAUAACGCUGAACAGCACGAGCGACCAGUCCAAGUACCGCGUGUGGGACUACCCCAUCAAGGAGCAGUACGGACACAUCCUGCAGGCCAUCACGCAGGCGGGCCCCGUCGAGAACGCCUCCGUGGGCUUCCAGAAGGUGAUAGCGGAGGAGGACGGCAAGUUCGCCUUCAUCCACGACGCGGCGCAGAUCCGCUACGAGGUGUCGCGCAACUGCAACCUGACCGAGGUGGGCGAGAUGUUCGCCGAGCAGCCCUACGCCAUCGCCGUGCAGCAGGGCAGCCACCUGCAGCUGGAGAUAAGCAGGAGGAUCCUGGACCUGCAGAAGGACCGCUACUUCGAGACGCUGUCGGGGAAGUACUGGAACUCGUCCGUCAAGGGCACGUGUCCCGACACGGACGACAGCGAGGGCAUCACCCUGGAGUCCCUGGGCGGGGUGUUCAUCGCCACGCUGUUCGGCCUGGCGCUGGCCAUGGUCACGCUGGCGGGAGAGAUCUUCUACUACAAGCGCAAGAGGACCACCGCCGUGUCGGCGCAGAAGCCGGGCGGCCAGCCAUUGCACGACCCGUCCGCCCGCAAGCUCGUCACCUUGGCCAAGGACUUCCGCCCCGUCGGAGUCGGCGGCGACAAGGCCAUGCCGCGCGUGUCCUACAUCUCCGUGUUCCCGCGGGGCCAGCUCUACUGAGCAGGCGAACUCGCGGAAUAAACAAACAAGAAAUACGUACGCCCAGGGGCGCAACAACAGGGGGGGGGGGGGAACAAGGGUAUUUUGCCCCUCCCCCUCCCUUCUGAAACCUUGAAGUGGGGGCAAACGGGGGCAAAGAAAGUGCUGUGUAAUCAAUUUUUUAGACAAUAAAACUGCUUAAAUAGCACCAUUUUCCACCUUGAAAUACAAAAUUUUCACGGGGGGAGGACCCCCAAAACCCCCCACUUAAAUAGGGGGGGAUCGAUGAUCCUUUAUAAAAAGGUAUAUUGCCCCCCCCCCCUCCUUUUGGAAAUUUAGUUGCUGCGCCCCUGCGUAUGCCCACAAUAGCCGAAUUUCAGUAUCCGCAAUCCAUACGUUGAAAAUUAGUGAUGGGACGAACCAAUUUUUUUUCUUAAAAACCAAAUAUCAAAAUCGAUUAUCUGAAAUCCUUAACACCAAAAUUCGAUCAUCAAAAUCGAUUUUAAAGUGUCUCAAAUAUUAAACUUAAAAUCGAUUUUAAAAUACGAAUAUGGAUCUCAAGAUCCAAAAAUUAAAUAAAAUUAUGUGGAAAAAAUAUAGUUUUAAAAAAAUUAUUAGAAAGAGCAUUUUUGGAGAAAAAUAAGUUUAUUGUCCGACAAAAAUGUUCCCUGAAGUGCUAGACAAACUUUUCUAAAGUAGGUACUUUAGCUGGUGGCAAAUACAAACAUUUAUUUGUUAGUUUCUGUAGAGGUUUUCCCUUUUCCCUUUUCUCUCGAAUAUAUAAUCUUCCUAACACUAAAUAUGUUAUUGUUUUUAGGAUAUUUGAGACAUUGAUGAUUUGUUUGGCCCAUUCUGGCUAAAGCCUAAACACAGGGGUAAGGGAUACCUAGUCAUCUGAUGGUUUUAUUUUUGGCGCCAUACAGCUGUUCAUACAGCACGUGGAACUGUUAUAACCGUGUAUUGGAAUACUAUGCGGGUUCUUAACAUAGAUAACUGUUGCCUUGUGAACCUGUUAGAGAACCGAUUUGCUUUCUGUUAUUUAUCUACUCAGUUUUUUUUUUAGUGUGGAGUGCCGGACGCUGCACGUCAAAUAAAGCAAUACGUAGUGUUUUGAUAACUUGUAUAAUACGAAUGUCAUUCUGCACGAAAUAAAAAGGGCCAGACUCA